AUGGAUCCUACUCCAGUCCCAGUCAGUGUAGUUUCUACGAGGAAGACAUUAGCCAUUCUGGCUAAUGGAAACGUAGGUGGAUAUUUACAACAUAAUUUAAUCGGAAGUGGGCAUCAAGGACCAGAGAUGAUGACUCGCAUAAUCAUGUCGUUAAAGUCGGGAAUCCAAGAAGAGAUAGAAUGGGCUUUAACUUCGUUGUCUCAGAUUUCAUGCACAUCACCGAACUUGGUGAAUUUUGAAAAGACUCCAUAUUUGGCCCAUGAGUUGAUAAGUUAUUUCAUCAAGCCCUUCCAGAUGAUACUCGAGAAAAAGGACCAGUUGAUAACCCAGGAAGAAAUGCUGUUGAGUCUUGAUUCCUUGCUUUCCUUAAGAAAUUUGGCACAGGAUUUGGUAAAUCAGCAGUAUUUGUCUCAAUUGAAGACAUUGAAAAAGCAUCUCAUUGAGGUGUUGAAGAUAUUUGUUCAUUGGUUCUACGUGGGCGAUGUCAGAUCCCAUUAUUUAACUCGUUUCCACAACCAGUUCAGAGAAGGACUCAAUUACUUGAUAGAUUUGUUAGAGCCGUUGAGUUGCUACUACAUUGACAAUACUAAAAACGACCCAUUAUUCAACCAAUUAUUAUUUGCUUCUCUCCACACAAAAGACAAAUACCUUUUAAUUAAUAUCAUGAGAAUUAUAUCCCACUUAUUAUUUAUUAAAGAGACAGCGGCCAUAGCCAAGACUAGUGAAGGUGAAAAUAACAAUGAAAAGCAAGAAGAAGAAUUAGAAGAGGAAUUAAGUAAAACACCUAAUAAUUGUAUUGACGCUAUUGAAGAAGUCCAUCUUGAGAAUUUCGUAUUCUUCUUAUUAAUAGCUGAUAACGAUCUUUCAAUUGCCACAUUAGAGUUUCUUAAGCAAUACUUGUCUUCGGAGGCAUUUCAUCCAUUAUAUCCAACAUCAAUCAAGGAUUCUCAGACCUAUAGAUUGAAAAAACUCUUACAAAUCAAAUCUUCAAAAGCGAUAUAUCAAACUUUGAUUAAGGAAUUACCUAUUUUAAUCAUUUCCAAUUUAUCGUUAAACGACCCUUCGAAAAUUCCAGAUAUGCCUCCAUUGACUUUAACUAAAAGAUCACAAUACAUAAACGUACCAACCGUGUUACCUCUGUUAUCUAAACAAUUGUAUGAUAUAAUUGUUAAAUUCCCAGAGCCUUUGAGAGCAACUACGUGGUUACGUUGUUGCUACGAGCCAUUUUCAAAAGCCAAUGAAGCAAAUGUUAUAUCAGAUUCUAGUGAUGUAAUUCCAGGGGAGGUAACCCAAAUUUCAUUAUGGAAAGCAUAUGAAAAGCAAUUCGAAGAAGUGUGGCAAACAUCUAAGACUCAACCAAACCCUGAAUGGCCGCCAUUAUUACCGGCAGUUGAUUUCAUAAAGAAUGUGAAUUCAGCGUUCCCAAAUUCCGAAGCUAUGGUGGUCAAUUUGAACCCUGAGUCUUUGGAACAGACACCAAAGAAAAAGUUUAUCAUCAAGGGAAUUCAACCAAGACAAUUUGUCGUUAAUAUCGACAUUGGUAACUACGAAGCAUUGAGACAAAAGCCAACUCCAAACUCAGACUCGGCUUUGAAUGCCGAUUCAAAAAUCUUACCAAUUGGUCAUAUAGAUUUCGACAAGUUCCAGCACAAUUUAAACAACUUAUCUGAGGCGUUGUUGUCCCAUUCUUCGCUCCUCAAGAAGGACCUGAAAGAAAUCACUCCAAUUAAUUUAAUCAGUCACGAUUUGUUAGAUUAUAUUAUAAGUGAGGUCCUUGACAACAAUGAGUCUGAUGAAUUACAAGAUUUAUUUAGACUCUAUAAUAGCCACUGGUUGCCAGACUUGAUCUAUUCGAAUCCUAGUCUUCUUGAAGCCGGUCUUGUUAACAGUAAGUGGUUAAAAUACUUACUUUAA